CAGUCUAUGUAACAUCACCACCCAUUCCGCCACCUGUACCAUAGCCCUGCGUCUGUACAUAUAGCACCUCCUCCGACACCCCGCCAACCCUCAUGCGGUCGAUCACGAGCACCGGCUGGACUGCGUCUCCCUCUCGGCCAUGUCGUCUGUCUUCUCGCCAGACAGUCCCAAUGCCGGCUCCCCAAGCUCAGCGCGCUCUGCUUUCCCAUUUCCUGCCCAGGAUGGAUCACGACCGGCAUCGAGUAGACUGCGAAGGGGGAGCUCUGUCAGCACUAUGUCCGCGGGCUCCAUAGGCGGCGCGCUAGAUAUUCAGAGUCGAAGGGGCAGCGCUGUUCGAGAAACGUCCCAAAAUGCCAUAUCGACGUUGCUGCAACCGCCUAUAGUGCGCACCGGUCUUCUUCCACAUACAGCGGCCCAAGCAGCCGCGACGGGCUUCAAAGCACCCACGACGAAGGAUAUUCCUCCUGUAACGUUGACAAAUGUGCCUCACGUGCCACCGGAGAACUUUCGUGAAUAUUUAAAUCGCAUCGGGCCACUGUUCGAGAGCUUCCAGAGAGGAAGGGCAGAAGCAGAGCAGCCAGCAUGGUUGAAGAAGGACAAGGAUCUGGAGAAAGCGGAAGCAUUAGAGAGGAGGCUGAGCAGGCAAGAUGGUUCGGCACCCCCCACACCCAUCAUCACGAGGCAGAGCUCUACCGGCGCACUGUCUCCCGUAGAAUCACCAGGCCCUCCUCGAAGGAGGUCAUCAGCACAGUUCAGGCGAAAUCGCAACGAGCCCACACCCUUGUCUACGAUACCGAACGUAUAUUUCGACGAAGACUUUCACCUCGAAAAUCCUAGGACAUUCGAUGUUGUUUCAGAGCGCUCAGAGAUUGUGCGGCCUCCGCCAGGCUCGCAACCGACUCCUGCUGCGAAUGGUGCCGCACAACUGCCUCGAAAGACCCUCGCCAAUAAUGCUAUUCUGCAGGAGAAGCUCAGUUGGUACAUGGAUACCGUCGAGGUGCAUCUCAUUAACAGCAUUAGUACGGCGAGUUCUGGUUUCUUCGCUGCUCUGGGCUCUUUGAAGGAGCUUCAGACGGAAGCAGAGCAAAGCGUAGCCAAGAUUCAGGGAUUGCGCGAGGAUCUCAAGAAGUUGGAUCAAGAGGUUGCGGUCUCUGGGCUGGAGGUCGCGGCAAAGCGGAGGCGGCGAGAGAACGUCCGAAAGCUGAGAAGAGCCACGGCUCAAGUGCAAGACGUGGUGGAGAACGUGAAGAGGGCAGAUGAGCUGGUUGAUCGUGGUGCAUAUGACGAGGCUGCAGAUCAGAUGGAUCGUGUUGGAAGACUAGUAUGCGGACAACAGGAACCCGGGCAAGAGCAGCAGGAGCUCUUGGAUCUGCGUCCGCUGAAAGCACUGCAGGGGCUGGACUCUGGUCUUCAAGAAUUGCAAUUGCGGAUAGGCACCGGUUUUGCACAGCGCUUCACGGCAAUUUUGAUCGACGAUCUACGGCAGCAUGUCCAGAAAGUGCCCAACAGCCAUACUCUGAAACGAUGGUCGCGACAGCGAGGCAUCCCACCCACGUACAUGGAGACGGACGAGAAAUUCCGCAAAGAUCUCUUAUCGGCGUUGACCGGGCUAGCGCGUGUCGGGCAUACCGCACCAGCAAGUUCCAAGUACCGAGACGACGUUAACAAGGAGGUCAAAGCCAUCAUCCGAAGAUUUAUGCCCAGCAGCAGUGACGACGACGCAGACAGCAUGGUUUCGACGUCCACUACAAUGUCAAGAGGCGGAGGGAAGCGCAGUCAGCAGGAGAAGAGUCUUGUCCUUGCUCGUAACUUAAAAGCUCUGGACCCCGAAGACGCAGAGAAGCUAUUGAUCAAUGUAUACACAUCAAUAGGGGAAGCGCUUCGAAGAGUAUCAACUCAGACGAAAAUUCUGCUGGACGUCACAAGCAGCAUGGACGCUCCGGAGGCCAAGUCUCCAAUCUCACCUUCAGGCUCAUCGCAACAGCCCAUUCUGGACGGGAAGCUUGCCAAUGGCACUGCGUCAGAGACUCCAGCCACGGUACAGGAACAGCUGUCACAAGCUCUCGAUAUGUCUAGUCUGCUGGGACAAGCCGUAGACACCGCCCAAUCGCAAAUCACAAGGGUCCUAAAAGUCCGUAAUGAACAGACGAUUCGGUUGCCUAAGGCCUUGUUCCUGCGAUACUUCACGCUGAACCGGCUGUUCGCCGACGAAUGUGAGGCUAUAAGUGGUAGGGGUGGUACUGCAUUGAAAGGCAUCAUCAACGCGCAGAUCUCUGGAUUCGUCCAAGUGCUGGGGACUUCGGAGACUGAACGUAUCGCUAAUGUACUGGACAGCGACAACUGGAAUGCAGAGGACUUUAGUGAUAAGCAGAGCGAGCUUCUGCAGCGGAUACUUGCGUCCAUGACUAAGGAUCCUCCCGAGUGGCUGCAAAGCACAGCGACGAUCUGGGAGGAUUACGCUCCUGCUACAGCGCAGACUAAUGGCAUCAGUGCCGGUGAGUCUGCUUCUGGGACUACGGUGAACGGCACAGCUGCCAUUGCUGGAAAAGCUGCAACCGCAAAGCCAGCCUACAUCGACGAAACACGCUUCAUCCUCGUCUCCAGUGCGUCUUCGCUCCUGGAAAGCAUCGACAUCUUCCUCUCCCUCACCGCUGCUAUCCCUAGCAUGACACAGCAGAUUGCGACGUCGCUUCUGGAAGUGCUUCGAACAUUUAACUCGAGAACGAACCAGCUUAUCCUAGGUGCUGGUGCUACAAAAAUCGCAGGCCUGAAGAACAUCACCACCAAACAUCUUGCGCUCGCAUCUCAGGCUUUGAGCUUCGUAAUUGCUCUCAUACCAUACAUGCGUGAAUGCGUGCGCCGGCAUCUGCCUUCUGGUCAAGGCAGUAUUUUGGCCGACUUCGACAAGACCAAGCGUCUGUAUCAAGAACAUCAGUCAGGCAUACACGACAAGUUGGUGGAUAUCAUGGCUUCUCGAUCUACAUCACACGUCAAAGCCAUGUCCAACAUCGACUUCGAUGCAACUGCUCCUGAAGACAGACCAAAUGCAUAUAUGGAGACUCUGACCAAGGAGACUGCAACGCUGCAUAGGGUGCUCUCGAGACAUCUAUCAGAGAUCGACGUGAGUUUGAUCAUGCGACAGAUCUUUACCGCGUACAAAGAGCAGUGGACAAAGGCCUUCGGUGACGUGGACGUCAGGACUUCGGCGGGUGGGAAGAGGCUUCUUCGAGAUGCAGAAGCUCUCGAGGCACGACUUGGGAAGCUUGAUGGCUUCGAAGCUAUUGGAAAGGAACUCGUUGCUGUGGUAAAAGCUAAAGUCUCUGUUGAGUUCGAUAUGGAGGAGGAGGCGAAGAAAGAAAAGGAGGCAAAGAAGGUACCCGAAGUCUCUGAGAUCAAGACAAAUGGCGAAGCCAAGGCUGAAGAGAAGAAGGCAGAGAACGCCGAUGUAGCUGUUGAGCAGGACAAGAAGUAGUACUUUCUAAGACUCGAUAGUAGAAGACAAUGCAGAAGUGUGCCACUGUGGGUUCCUCUGGGAUCAUUUCACCUCCAGUUCGACGAUCGGAGCAUAGCAGCUGUCGAUUUGCACCACAACACAAUGACCACCAUGAGUCCCAGCAAUACCGGAGAGCGAGAAUCUGAAG